AUGCCUUCAGGCCCAGUGCGGCAGCGGUCAAGUCGAGCAUGUAUUGCCUGUCGCCAGCGCAAGAGGAAAUGCGACGGCAAACUUCCAUGCAACACCUGUACAGGAUACGGCUAUGAUUGCCACUAUAAUUCAACACAAGGAGUGCACGCGAAUAGAAAACGUUCACUCGCACCAGAAGAUGUAUCCUCGCCCCAGGCACCCAAAGCUGCCCGCGUGUCAUCCGAGUCCCAGGGUCCCGAGCAAAACGCUGCAUCCACUCCCUCGGGGAUCCUCGACUCCAACAAGUCACGAUACGUCGGAAGGUACUCAUGCGUCGCAUUCCCACUAUCUGUGGGCUUGGAGUUGCAGGCUACCAAACCCCCGCGACUACAUUCCUUUGCCUACCACACUGGAAUCAGGAAAGAACCUGGUUCCUCGUCAAGAUUCCAGCUGGCUGGCCGGAUAUCGUGGAAUACAAUACGAAGUCAACUAGAUUUCUUCUUUACAAUGAUCCAUCCUAUAUUUGGUUUCUUGGAUAAAGAUCAUCUCUAUGAACGAUGCGAGAAACACUGGUAUGGCCAGCCGCAAUCUCCUGCCUUCGAAGCCAUUAUCAGCGGAUUGGCUGCAUUGACUUCCUUGUUCAAUGGCUCGCUAGGACAGGAAGAGGAAAUGUGGCUAACGCUGCAUGCUAAAGAGACAUUAGAGGAUCCGGUCGUUGGCCGCUUUCCAUAUAUUGACCAGGUAGCAGCGUGGAUUCUGCGAACAAUAUAUAUCCGCGCGACGACUCGACCGCACGUCGCUUGGAUUUGUAGCUGCACGAUGAUGCAUCUCGUUGAGGCGACGGGACUGCAUCAGGCGCCGCAGUUUGUUAUGCUGGCUACCAGCAGGGGCGUGGAAGGCUCCACGCAGGAAAUGUCUGAUAUUGUCAAGAGAACGGCAUGGGUGGCUCAUUGCUUGCAUGUUGUCAUAGCUUAUGAGUAUGGGAGGUCUGUCAUGGACCUCGGUUUUGCAACUCAAGAGUCUCUGCCUUUUUCAACUCGAGAGGGGGAUUUUACGCCCCAGUUGUGUAGUCUUGUCCAGGCUAUUCCUCUCUCUUCAAAGGCCACAGACCCCGCCGUGACCAUACAGGAACUAUCAUGCGCUUUAAGGGAUUUAACAGAGACGUCUGUUAAUCAUGAUUUCCUUUUACUAGUCCGAGCGGAUCUGACAUUCUCUGUAUACCGCCGUCUCCGUCUGUUAAAACCAAAUCUACGACAGAGUCUGCUUGACGAGGUGAUCUCUACAGGGAUGUCUGCUCUUCCUGCGGCAAGAACACUGACAAGCCAAAAUCAGCCUUGGUGGAAUGUCAUCAGCACUGUGUUCCAAUUUGUCUGUGUUCUUUUGGUCAUCGAUACUCAUUCAAGUGUCGCGAAUCUUUCUGAGGCCAUGGACGCAUUGGAGGUGAUUGUUGACCACCUGAACACACACCUUGCAAAUGAAGCUCUUACUACUGCUCGCGAUCUCGUGCGAGCCUCGUUGGAUAAAAGGCGCAAAGGCAUUGAGAUACUGGAGAGGAUCGCCGGUACCACACAUGAUGCGGUUGCUGACAGUGAAAUUCUACAGCUACAGGACUUGGAAUUUUCCGGUCCAUUUUCGUACCUCCAGCGAUCUUCUGAUAUGGAAUACUUGUUGGAUAUGGACUUCUUCAAUUAA